CAUUGUGGCUUCUAGGCAGGACGGCCAGCGUGCCCACGGGCCGGAGAGCGAUCCUGAGGAGGGGAAGGAUGCCGUCGGCGGUAUGCGGAGGCCUGGCAGGGUCCGAGCUACGUCCACGGAGGGGCCGCUGUGGGGGGGUCCUGCUGGCCCUGGUGACGCUGCUGGCCUUCGCCACCCGCUUCCAUCGUCUGGACCAGCCACCUCACGUCUGUUGGGAUGAGACUCACUUUGGAAAAAUGGGAAGUUACUAUAUCAACCGUACCUUUUUCUUUGAUGUGCACCCUCCUCUGGGAAAGAUGCUGAUAGGUCUUGCUGGCUACCUGAGUGGAUAUGAUGGUACCUUUAUGUUCCAGAAGCCUGGGGACAGAUAUGAGCAUCACAACUACAUGGGAAUGAGAGGAUUCUGUGCGUUCCUCGGUUCCUUGCUGAUCCCCUUUGCCUACCUCACUGUACUGGAGCUGUCCAAGUCCCUCCCCGCAGCACUGCUCAGCGCUGCCCUCCUCACCUUUGACACAGGAUGCCUCACUCUGUCCCAGUACAUCCUCCUUGACCCCAUCUUGAUGUUCUUCAUCAUGGCUGCCAUGCUGAGCAUGGUCAAGUACAACUCCUGUGCUGACAGGCCCUUCUCUGCCCCCUGGUGGUUCUGGCUCAGCCUGACUGGCAUUAAUCUGGCUGGUGCUAUAGGGGUCAAGUUUGUUGGCCUCUUUAUCAUCCUGCACGUGGGGUGGAACACCGUAUCAGACCUUUGGCACCUGUUUGGAGACCUCAGUCUUUCAUUGGUGACUGUGGGAAAACACCUGACUGCGCGCAUCCUGUGCCUCAUAGUGCUGCCGCUGGCUCUCUACACAGCCAUCUAUGCUGUUCACUUCGCGGUGCUGAAUCAAAGUGGUCCCGGCGAUGGCUUCUUCAGCUCCGCCUUCCAGGCCCGGCUCUCAGGAAACACCCUUCACAAUGCUUCCGUCCCUGAGUACCUAGCCUUCGGCUCUGUGAUCACUGUGAAGAACCUGCGGAUGGCCAUCGGCUAUCUCCACUCCCACAGGCAUCUCUAUCCUGAGGGCAUUGGCGCCCACCAGCAGCAGGUCACCACCUAUCUGCACAAGGACUACAACAACCUGUGGAUUAUCAAGAAGCAGAAUACAGACUCAGAUCCCCUAGACCCCUCAUUCCCAGUGGAGUUUGUAAGACAUGGAGACAUCAUUCGACUAGAACAUAAAGAGACCUCUCGGAACUUGCACAGUCACUAUCAUGAGGCCCCCCUGACCCGGAAGCACUACCAGGUCACUGGCUAUGGCAUAAAUGGGACAGGGGACUCAAAUGAUUUCUGGCGGAUUGAGGUUAUAAACAGAAAAUUUGGAAACCGGAUCAAAGUGCUGAGAAGUCGAAUUCGCUUCAUUCAUCUGGUCACAGGCUGUGUCCUGGGCUCCUCGGGAAAGGUUCUGCCCAAGUGGGGCUGGGAGCAACUGGAAGUUACUUGCACUCCGUACCUAAAGGAAACCCUCAACUCCAUCUGGAAUGUGGAGGACCACAUCAAUCCCAAGUUGCCAAACAUCAGCCUGGACGUGCUGCAGCCCAGUUUUCCUGAGAUCUUGCUGGAGUCCCACAUGGUGAUGAUCCGGGGGAACAAUGGCCUCAAACCCAAGGACAAUGAAUUCACAUCCAAACCCUGGCACUGGCCUGUCAACUACCAGGGCCUGCGCUUCUCGGGGAUCAAUGACACGGACUUCCGAGUAUACCUGCUCGGCAACCCGGUGGUUUGGUGGCUGAAUCUGCUGAGCAUUGCCCUCUACGUCCUCUCAGGGAGCAUCAUUGCCGUCGCUGUGCAGAGAGGGGCACAUCUGCCUCGGGAGGUUGAAGGGCUGUCCCAGGUCCUGCUGCGAGGAGGCGGUCAGCUGUUGCUGGGCUGGGCGCUCCACUACUUCCCCUUCUUCCUCAUGGGCCGGGUCCUCUAUUUCCACCACUACUUCCCAGCCAUGCUCUUCUCCAGCAUGCUCACAGGCAUUCUGUGGGACACUCUCCUGCGGCUCUGUGCCUGCGGCCUGGCUGCCUCUUCUCUGGCCAGCGGUGUCCACAUGGGGGGAGUCCUGAGCCUGCUCCUGGGAACUGCCUACAGCUUCUACCUCUUCCAUCCUCUCGCUUACGGGAUGGUUGGUCCCCUAGCCCAGGACCCCCAAAGUCCGAUGGCAGGACUAAGGUGGCUGGAAUCAUGGGACUUUUGAAGCCACAGCCUUAGUCCUGGAACUUCCUGGGGACAGCCAGCUGUGGAGCCAGUCCCUGAGCCCUCCCAGCUGUGGAGGAAGCUGCCCGAGGAGCCUGAGGAAUUCACUCGCCUGCAGGACCAAGCUCUAGGAGCAGACCUGGAAUUGAACCCAACACUAGAGAGCCACGGCUGUGCCUGCAGAUUCCACUGCUGGGGAUGACUCAGCACCGAGGAUGUCUCUUAGGCCGCUGCCCCACAUGUGCAACAUGAGGGAAGAUGAGUGUGCGAGAGUGGUGGGAGUGCGAGGUGAGGGCACGUUUGUCCAGGCACCUGUGGAAUGUGGACUGUGGCUGCGGACAGCUGUGUCAUAAACUCCAAGAGAGAGGCCAGGGCUACAGUAGUUUUUUCUGGUAUUUUUUUCACACUGGAUUUGGUUUGUAAGUAAGACCCAGCAACAAUUCUCUGACCUCCAAGAGGGAUGAGAGCCUGGCCCCAUCUUGGGACAUCAGCAGUGGCAGAGCAGAAGGGACUGGCGGAGCUGUGCUGCCCUCCUCCUCACAAAUAAACCAGUGCGCUGCAUGCCCCUGAACUGGUGGGCGGCCCGCAGCUGCUUCCCCGCGUGGCUGCUGUUGGGACAGCUCCUGUGUGGCAGCAGGUGGCUGGACUUCCUGUCUGCGGUGGCCACAGCGAGGCAGCUGAGGACUCGCCACAUCUGAAAAUGUCACCCCAUGAGAUUGGCGGGAGGAAUGGCGUCCUAUCCUUGGCUACUCUGUGUUCCAAGGCCCUGGGGGUUAGAGGCGGUUUCUCGCUACCCAUCCUUCCCUCUGCAUCCAGCUGUGAGGACAGGACAGAUGCAUUCUCCUGGUGGCUGGGAGAACCAUUGGGCCCCUUGCUGAGCAGCCACGGCAGAUGUGUGGCAGGGCAGGGAUCUGUGUGGUGCUGGGCAGGGGUCACUCACUAAGUGUUCCCUAUUUUUACUUCUCAGUUCUCCCCUGCUGACACCCUCUACCACUCCUUUUCAUUUCCCUUUCUCUGUGUCUCAGUGUCAUCAAUCUCUUUUCCCCCCCCAAAGACCCGGAGCACCUAGAAAUGCAUUAAAGCUUCACCUCUCUUACUUUGAACCCAAGCAGGAAGCACAGAGCUGUUCCUUUCACUUCCUCCCCAAAUGAAAGGGAUUAAGAAAGCCCUGGGGUCCCAACUGAACCAACCCAAGGCCAGCCUUCCGCCUGCCUCCCUCUUCCCAGUGCAUGACAGAGUAUUUAUUUUGUCUCAGAGGACUGUGAUGCUUCAAGGUUAAUGCCCAAUCUGCCACACUCCAUCUUCCCUCCUCUGUAGCCCCUACCAACUCUGACAGGGUCAGAGCUCUUUAGAACAUCUUCGGAGGCGGUUGCCACGGAGACUGGAAAUUGGUCCUGGGGACAGGCUGUGCUACCUACUGGGUGAUGGGAAGGGAAGCUUCUGGCCAUGCUUGGACGUUGAGACCAACCAUCAUUAAUGUUAAUAGAGGAAAUAUAGCAACAUCAAAAGCAAGGCAGGUUUGUUAAUUAGAUCUGGGGCCUGAUGACCUCCCUCUCCCAGGGCUACAGCCCUUUUGACUUCCCCCAGCAGGAAACACUGCCUGUGUGCUGAGUCUGGGCUGCUUGCUUAAUUGCAUUUCUGGAAGGGAAGGAGAACAGGAUGGAGAAACCUCUGCUUGCCCUUCCACUCUCCCCUCGCCCUCCCCUCUUCCCAUCGGUGGAGUUGGUUUCUUCUGAGCUGGGUCAGGGCAGCCAUGUCGGGGGGCUCUCCUGGAGGUAGAAUGCAGGAGUCGGCGCUUGGCUCUUAGUGAAGAACAACGGCCCACAGUGACAUCCAGGAGGUGGCUGGUGUUCCCUGUGCCUUGUGUUUCCCAGUGGGGACUCGUUGGAAGGGAGGACUCUGAAGGAGUCAGCGGGGCAACCACUCUGAGUGAGGGUGAGGAAGGAGGAGUCGCAGGCAGCUCCCUGCCCAUCUCUCCUGCUGAUUUGGCCACACUGGGGCCAAGGGUUCCUCUGUCUCUUCCACUGCUUUGCAAGGGUUGGAGAAGGAGACUUGUCUGCUCAUUCCCUCUUCUUUUGCCCAGACUGGCAGACACUUCUCUGGGGACAAGGCCACAUGGCUUGAUGCAGCUUCAAGUGCUGUGGUUCUGUUGCUGGGAGAUGCGGGGAGAGGGGCUGUGGGGUGGUGCUUUGAAAUGGCCUCCAGCCCCCAGGAAUUGGCAGAAAUGUGACAUGUCCCACACACUUGCUGGUGGAAAAAGAAGACAUUGGUUAGAAGAUAACCUCCAGCCAGCUUCUUGAGCCACAUUUUUUUAAAAAAGUUUCCACAGGUCAUUUACUUUUGUAAUAAAUAGCUGUUAUUUUGAAUGCCA